CUCUCUCACAUUCCCACAAGCGUACAAGCGCUUUGGAGGAAUUGGAUGGAGCUGCCUCGUCUCUCUCCGGCUCAUUGGAAUAAAACAACGCCGGUUUAUUCUACUCAACGUUUUCCUCAAAACGCAACAACUUGCUGCUGAUAUUUUCUUUAAAAAAAAGAGUUGUAAUUUUUCGCGUAAUCAAGUUUUUGGACGCGAAUAUAGGGAGUUUUACGCGUCACAGGGACUUCAGCAGCUUCCCCCAACCAGUGAUAUAAAGGGAUAUUGUUCCGACCGCAGGGGGAAUUACAACCAGAGCCUUUUACGACUUUAAACAAGCGGAAUAUCUUGAAGGAUUUUCCUCGAGUCGUCAUCAGGAGCGCCUCUCAUUGUCCUGAGCGCACAUUGUCUCCAUAUGGAGGAGAAACGUGCUGCGAGCUGCUGAAUAAAGUCAACAACGAGGACACUUUGAAAGGACUGUGCUGCUGUUUCUAAAAUCCCUGCAAUCCUGUCAUCUGAAUUUUCAUCCAGCAUGGCAUUUCAGUGGAAGUAGCCUUCAAAAAGUGGAAGAUGAUGGCUUUUUACUUCCCCCCUGCAGGCUGCAGCCUAAUCCAACCCCUCCAUGCCUGAUGAUGGCACAGUGACACUGACACACUUGGCUUUUUUUACAAAAGGUUAAGUAUGACUGCAGCAGCAGGUGUGCUAACAGGCUUGGCUAAGCUAAAGCGCCAAGACUCCGCCCGCUCUCAGAACAGGGCGUUACCUUCAUCGUCAGGCCUAGGAAACGCCCCAGAAGCUGCCCCCAGAAAGCGGAAACGACGCACCGAUGUCGUGGUAGUACGCGGCAGAGUCCGCCUCUACUCCGCCUCCGGGUUUUUCCUCCUCCUGGGACUGCUCAUCUUGGCUGUAGGGAUCGCCAUGGCGACGCUGGGUUACUGGCCGCACAGUGAAAUCAUGCCCUCGGCAAGAUCGAGGACUGGAGGAGGAUCUAAGACAGCGACUGCUGGAGGAGCUAAAACGUCUGCCACCGGUGAAGAAAGUGGAGCCAAAUUGGCCGUCACAGACGAGGACGUGGCUAACUCCAGCACGAGUCAUAAUGUGCAAGGUACGCCUUCCAAGCAGACUGGGGGCGCACUGACGCGUUUCCUGGAACAGCACCGUCACUCUGAGAGGAUGAAGAUGUUCGGGCCCUUCACCAUGGGCAUUGGGAUUUUCAUCUUCAUCUGUGCUAACGCCAUUCUUCAUGAAAACAGAGACCGAGAAACUAAGAUAAUCCACAUGAGAGACAUGUACUCCACCGUCAUCGACAUCCAUCGCCUCAGGCAGAGAGAGCAGAAACAGCACCAUCACCGCAACAGCGUCUAUGCAAGAGAAGUUGGAGAUCUUCGAGCCUUUGGAGCUGAUAACGCGGCGCGGUUGGCCAGCAACUCCCUCCUGGCGUUCUCCUCUCGGGCCGGAGGCGGCGCCGGAGGGGGAGGCUCUACGGAAGAGGAGGAGGUGCUGUUAGGUGACGAGGAGUUUCACAGACACGGGGCGCAGGCUAAGUUGGAUUGUAGCUUUGCGGGGCUUCUGGCGCCGCUCUACAAGGAUCGCUCCUUUUGCGUCCCGGGGCUCGGGUUGGCUCGCUCGGACUCGGCGCGCCACCAGUGGUCGGUGGACGGGGAUGGGGAGAAGGGAGGACACCACGCACGCUCUAUCGUCUCCUCCUCUAUCUCCGCGUUCACUCUGCCCGUUAUAAAACUCAAUAACUGCGUUAUUGACGAACCGGAGAUGGAGGCGAUCACUGAGGAGGAGCGGGGAGGAGAGAGGAGAGACGGAGAGAGGUCACAGAGGCCUCUGAGCUCCAUGGAGUCUCUGGUGGUUCCUGUAGCAUCUGUUGCCAAGGCCACCAAACCGCCGGGCUUACACCGGAGCAACUCCGCCUCCUCGUCCUCCCACUGCUCCUCCGUCUCGUCUUACUCCCUCUACCCCGCUCCCUCCUCUACCUCAGGCUGCUGGCUCUCCCCUGGAGCAGCCAGGAGCGACUUUGGCUCCAACUCCUCCCUGCACAUGCUCGGCAGCCACUCCAAAUCUCUGGACCUGGAGCGUGGGCCGAGCAUGCUCAGCGUGCACCCGGAGCAGCGGAAGCACCCCAGCUGGCCCCGCCUCGACCGUAGCAACAGCACCCGUAGUAACGGUGGCAACCGGGGCAGCAGUAAAGGCUACACGCGGCUGGAAGACAGGGAGGAGCAAGGGGAGCGUCUAUUAGACGCGUCCGCGGCAGCGAGACGCGAAUACAGUCGGCGGGAGAAGCUGAUAAUGAUAUCGAGGUCGCAUAACAAUCUGAGUUUUGAGCAUGAGGAGUUUAACAGCAGCACGCUGAAGAGGGGCAGCUCUGAGACACGAUUUUGAAGACGUUAAACUAAAAGGUCGAAGACGGUCCGUCCUGUUCUGUAAAUUUCUCUCCAGACUGUAAGAGUGUACAGUGCCAGAAGGAAGUUGAACAGCUGCACCCUGGAGAGAGGAAACUCCAACGUCAAACACUUCUUUUGAGUAGCAGGACGAAGAGUAGUGAGUCACGGACGAUCCUGCGCAGUCAAAGGUGCAGGCCUCAUGUCAGUAAAGACGCUAAAUGCCUGCUGUACCAGGUCCAGAGGUGCUGUUCUGUAUCUGUGACCUCCGUGGAGGGAGCUACAGGGAUCAAUAAAGAUAAAUCGCAUUACAUCAUCAGUCUACUUUAGACAAAAAUAGUUCUAAUAAAGUUUUAACAGGUUCUCGACCCCUUUUGUUUUUCUGAAAGUGUUACAAGGUUUCGUUCCAGCAGCUGCUGGUGAAAACAAGGACACACUGGAAGCGCUUUGAGCAAGUUUCUUCCUCAACGGAUGAGAGUGACACAAAGACAAAUCUUUUGUAACAGGGUCAAGGCACAACCUGAGAAAUUAUCAUAACUAGUUUAACAUCAAAAAGAAGAAGCUCUGAGACUAUAAUAGUAAUAUUAAUGAUCUUUGUUUGUGUGGCACAAAGUUGCAAAGUGCUUGAUAUGGUUGUAUAGACAGACUGAUUUGCCGGUCUUGACACAAAAACAGAUCUGUAAACUAAACCGAUGCAGAAUCAGCUUGUAACUUACAGCCUGGUGUAAACCUACAGUAUAUGAGAACAUGUAAUGGCAUACUGCAGCGGCGAGGCCCUAAAGUCCAAAAGACAUAGAUAUUAGUGGUAAAGUAUUUGUUUUAAAGGUGGUUUAUGUAUGUUUGUGUGUCUGUUUGAUCCUCAGAUCGUAGCAGAUGUAGACAUCCACAUCCACAACUCAGACAAAACCAGUUACUAUAAUGUCAAAACGCUGCAGCAGAGCAGAUAUGAGUUAAAUCACAAUGCUGCAGGCUGCAAAAUACAAUAAUGGAGUUCAUGUUGCCCCGCAGUCACAAUACAUAUUGCUGCCCUUUCCCAAGAACUAUAGUAAGAAGUUUUGUAUGUCGGCUACUGAAAACUAGAAGUUAUAACUUAAGCCAUCUUAAGUUAAUGUCUUACGGGAAAAUAUCUUGAUGACGUCACUCAGGAUAUGCAGUCUAUUAUUCAUAUGGUGAUCAUUUUUAUAGACCUGUUCCCAAAUGUAUUCAGUAAUUAGAGAAAGACAUAAUAUUUGAAUAUUCAUAGAGUUGAAUACAACCAGAAGUAUGAAAAAUUAGGGCUGUAGCUAAUGAUUAUUUUCAUCAGUGAUUCAUUUCAAUCACUCAGUGCUCUGUGAAAUGCCAAAUAAUAAUCACAUCUGAGGCAUUUCUACUUGAUAAAUGACUUAAACAACUGAAUAAGAAAAUUCUCAUUGAUUCAUUUCAAGUCAAUCAACACAUUUUUUGGCUCUGCGCUAUUGAAAAAACAACAUUUGAAACAAAAAUCUGUAUAAAAGAGAGUGUGCUGUACUGCCAUCACGCUCACAUCAACAGUAAAUCACCAUGUUCACAUUGAUCUUGUGCUAUCUGUUUGAAUCCAGUAAGCUGAAAUAGUAAAGUCCAACUGAAAUUGCAUUUUUCUUGUCCGCUACAGCAUACAUGUACUGCUCUUGAACAACGACCCACAGUAGCUUCCCUGCUAAAGUCUCCUUCUGAUCUAACUUUAAAAAUUGAAAACACAUCUUGUCGUUGUACUUGUUGAACGAGUAACCAAAUAAACACUGACUGAAGAACAAGACUUGGCCAAAACCGAGUAUAUGGCUGGACUGUGUAUGGUCAGACUGUGAAUUUGAGGCUAAAUUGUUACACAAAUAGUCAGUGGUUCAAGUCGUGACGGUACCUGGUUUUCUGCUCGCCAUUUCAAACAGGAAACAACACGAAGGCCUGCUCAUAAACUUUCUGUUAUUCCCUCUAAACAAUCCCCCAAAAUCUACCUCUGAAAACAUUAAGGCCGCUGCUGAAUCUCGUUUUAUUUUAGAACUAGAUCGCCCCUUUUAAGUAACAAAAAAACUAUUAACAAUGCAUUGAAAAAACAUGACAUGACAUUAAUUUUGACUACAAAAAGGGAUGACUAAUGUGAUUUCAGUUGGACUUUAAAAUACGAGCCUUGCUGUUUUCUGCUAUAAUCCCUGUUUGCCGACUUGUGUUGCUUUUUAUGUAUUUAUUUUUUUGGAAAAAUCUUCACCAUGUGAUGACGAUUGCAGGUUCGACUUCAGGAAACCAGCUACUGAGCAACAUAGUAAUAAUGUCUCAGCAUAUUUUAUUAAAAUGUUGACAAGGUGUGUUGUGCCAAACUGAAUCUAGCUUCAGUAUAUAUGAGCUGAUAUGACGCCUCUGUAUUGCUCGAUAUCUCUGUUUCAGGUUCUGUUUGGUUUGUCAGCAGUCAUUUUUAACACAUUCAUCAAUGUAGUUAAAACACCUUCUGUGCUACCUUUAAUGAGACACGUGUGAACGAUAAAACAGCAACAGAGCCCUUUUUAGGAGUGCAGGAAUCUUGCCGGAGAGCUUCAUUAACUGGUUCCCAGCAGUUUAUGGGUCAAUGUCCAAAAUAAAUUGUAUUUUCACUGAAAGGUG